AUUCAUGUGUAAAGAAAAUCAAUGGCGAAUUCAGGUAUUGGGGGAGACGAGUAUCGCUCACAUUUACAUGGAGAAGGAGAGAAGAACACGAAAUGGAGGUCUGGAGCUCCUCCAAACUACGAUGCAGUCAACAAACUCUUCGAAGAAGGCAGAACUAAGAUAUGGCCUCCCGGAUCCCUAGAAGAGAAGGUGCAGAACCUUGUAAAGUCAUGGGAAAUGGAACUGUUUAACAAGAUUUCCAGUGAUGACUAUAAAACCCUUGAUCCAAAUAAUUACACCUUCAGCUUAAAUGGAAAGAAGCCCAUAACUUUGGAAGAAAAACGUAAGCUCGGGGGAGGUUACAAUGCUUUCUUGCAAACUUCAUUACCUGAGAAACUCAGAAUCUAUAACCCGGCGGAGGAAACCGCCGAUUCCUCCCAUAUUCUGUUCAGAACAACAUUUCCAAGAGGCUUUGCUCUCGAGGUUGUCCAAGUUUAUUCAGGUCCGCCGGUGAUUGUGUACAAGUUCAGGCACUGGGGUUACAUGGAGGGUCCUUUCAAGGACUAUGCUCCCACAGGAGACUUGGUAGAACUCUUCGGCAUUUCUAUUUUUGAGGUUGACGAGAAGAUGAAAGUGGUGAAGGUAGAGUUUUUCUUUGACAGUGGAGAACUGCUUGGGCCCCUCGUCAAGGGUGAUCGCUCAGGCAAGUCCAAGGAAGAUGUGGGUGAUUUGAGCUGCCCCGUCUUAAGAGCCACUGCUUGAAUUAUUGAACAAAUCAUAGUCUUCUCUCCUUUUGUUCUACGCAUUAAGAAAUAAUAAUAAUAAUAAGAAAAUAAUUGUUACCUUUCUUUAUGUAGCAAUAAAAAAUUAUCAUUUUAAAUCAGUAUAUGUUCGGAGCUUGUAUUUUAUUGUACAAUAAAUUUUUAU